AUGGCGAUACGCCUAGUGGGUUCACCACACGGCACCGACGCUGCCUUCCAUCCGUCGUUCACCUAUCCAAUCUACGGCGAGGCAGAGACCAUCUACGGCUACCAGGGCCUCGUGCUCAACCUCGACUUGGCGUCGGGCAGUCUGGUGCCCAAGUUCGAGGUCAAGUACCGCGCCAAGAACGAGGCGACGACGGCCAAGCUCGACGAUGUCGAGGGGAUCAUCAAGCCGUUCCUGCCGGCCGACUAUAUUUCAGCGGCGGCGUCUUCGUCUGCAAGCCAGGAGUUUGCAGCGGCCCUCGAGAAGAGCUCGAGCUUCCGACCGCUGGGCGACAAGGUGCACAGCUACACGCGGCGCAAGGUGAACAAGGGCAAGGGCAAGUCGAGCGGAGCGGCGUCUGCUGCGGCCUCGAUGCUGGCCGAGGACGAUCCGGAUGCGCGCGUGUUUGAGAUCUACCGCGCCACGUGGGAUACGCCUGGGUUCCGCGAAUACCACCGCCGCAUGCAGCUGUUUGUGCUGCUGUUCAUCGAAGGCGCGAGCUACAUCCAGGAGGACGAGACCAACUGGGAGUUUUUCACGCUGUACGAAAAGGUGCGCGGCGCGAGCGGCGCCGAGGACGACGCAACAUGGCACUUGAUGGGCUAUACGAGCCUGUACAAGUUUUGGUGCUGGCCCGACUCGUCGCGCGUGCGUCUGUCGCAGUUUGUGGUGCUGCCGCCGUACCAGAAGCAGGGCCAUGGCGGUGCGCUGUAUACGACGGUGUACGAUCAGAUCCGCAAACGCAGCAGCGUAUCCGAGCUCACGGUCGAGGACCCGUCGGAGGAUUUUGACCGCCUGCGCGAUGGCAACGACCUGCGACGCCUCCUGGCGCCAGGCGGCUUUGUGGAAACCGCCAAGAAGCAAGGCAAGCUGCAUGCACCGCUGGACGCCGAGUGGAUCGAGGCGCAGCGGCUGGAGCACAAGCUGGCGCCGCGCCAGUGGGCGCGCGUGCUGGAGAUGGUGCAGCUCAUGAACCUCGACACGGGCGAUGCCGAGCAGAUCCGACAGUACCGCCUGCAGGUCAAGGCGCGCAUCUACCGCCAGAACAAGGACAUCCUCAUCCAGCUCGACAAGACACAGCAGCGCGCCAAGCUGCAGGAGACGUUCGAAGGCGUCAUCGACGAGUACGGCGACAUGGUCGGCGUCGACAUCGAGCCCAUCGUCGACGCAGGGCCGAGCUUUGCGGGCCUCCACGGCGUCGAUGAGGAGGAGGACGAUGAGGAGGAGGACGGCCACUACGAGAACGGCAACGGCCCGCCACGAAAGAUGGCACGCUUCGCCUCGGAGCGCUCGAGGUGCUCCUUCCUUCCUAACCCGUUCUCCGCCAAAGAGCCACCCAACUUCAUCCUCCUCCUUCCUCCCAUUCCUCGCAUCUUAGCUCAGUCGACAAUGUCUGCAAGCAACGGUAACGGUCUUCAGGUUCCCCAGGACGUGGCGGUCCUGUCGCCUGCCCAGGCGCUCGAGCACCUCAAGACCUACGCCACCGGCGAUGGUCUCAGCAUGAGUGAGCUCAUCGACUCGCGCCAGCACGGCGGUCUCACCUACAACGACUUCCUCGUGCUGCCCGGCUUCAUCAACUUCCCCGCCUCGGACGUCAGCCUGCGCACCAAGGUCACCAAGAACGUCACGCUCAACACCCCCUUCCUCUCGUCGCCCAUGGACACGGUCACCGAGACCGAGAUGGCCAUCGCAAUGGGCCUCAUGGGCGGCAUGGGUGUCAUCCACAACAACAUGAGCCCGCAGGAGCAGGCUAGCGUCGUCCGCAAGGUCAAGAAGUACGAGAACGGCUUCAUCACCGAGCCCCUCUGCCUCGACCCCAACGCCACUGUCGGCGACGUCCUCGAGAUCAAGGAGCGCCUCGGCUUCGGCGGCAUCCCCAUCACUGACACGGGCGCCAUGCAUGGCAAGCUCGUCGGUAUCGUCACGGCUCGCGACGUGCAGUUCCGCGACGCCGGCCUGCCGCUCUCGCAGGUCAUGACCACCGACCUCGUCACCGCCCCGCAGGGCGUCACGCUCGAGCAGGCCAAUACCAUCCUGCGCGACAGCAAGAAGGGCAAGCUGCCCAUUGUCGAUGCCGAGGGCCGCCUCGUCUCGCUGCUCGCCCGCUCCGACUUGCUCAAGAACCAGAACUUCCCGCUCGCAUGCAAGCGCCCGGACAGCAAGCAGCUCUACUGCGCCGCCGCCGUCGGCACGCGUCCCUCGGACCGCGAGCGUCUCACGCUGCUCGUCGAGGCCGGCCUGGAUGUGGUCAUCCUCGACUCGUCGCAGGGCAACUCGGUGUACCAGAUCGAGAUGAUCCAGUGGAUCAAGACCACCUUCCCGCACAUCGACGUCGUCGCCGGCAACGUUGUGACGCGUGAGCAGGCUGCCAGCCUCAUCGCUGCGGGUGCCGACGCCCUGCGUGUCGGCAUGGGCUCCGGCUCCAUCUGCAUCACCCAGGAGGUCAUGGCCGUCGGCCGUCCCCAGGGUACCGCCGUGCACGCCGUCGCCGAGUUUGCCUCCAAGUUCGGCGUGCCCGUCAUCGCCGACGGCGGCAUCUCGAACGUGGGCCACAUUGCCAAGGCGCUCGCGCUCGGUGCCAGCGCCGUCAUGAUGGGCGGUCUGCUUGCCGGCACUACCGAGUCGCCCGGCGACUACUUCUACCGCGACGGCAAGCGCCUCAAGGGCUACCGUGGCAUGGGCUCCAUCGAGGCCAUGGAGCACCAGAAGAAGGGCAAGAUCGCCGGCGCCACGGGCAAGGGCGCUGCCAAGGCGGACAAGCUCGCCGCCGACGAGAACGCCGCGACGCAGCGCUACUUUUCCGAGAGCGACGCCGUCAAGGUGGCGCAGGGCGUGGCGGGCGCCGUGCAGGACAAGGGCUCGGUCAAGAAGUUCCUGCCUUACCUCUACACGGGCCUGCAGCACUCGCUCCAGGACAUGGGUGUGCCGCACCUCCACCUGCUCCGCCCCGCCGUCGGCUCGGGCCAGGUGCGCUUCGAGCUGCGCACCGCCUCGGCCCAGGUCGAGGGCGGCGUGCACGGCCUGCACAGCUACGAGAAGCGUCUCUUCUCGUCCUAG